AUGGAUAAUGAGAGUGGAGUUCCGAUUUUAGAUUUUCGUAAGAGCAAUGGAAUUAUAUUAGAAGAAGGAAGUGAGGGAUGGAAAGAAAUGAGUAAGAAAGUGAGAGAAGCAUUUGAGAGUCACGGUAUGUUUCUCUUAAGGUGUGAUGAAAUACCGAAAGAAUUACAAAACGGAAUGUUCACAGGCAUUAAAUCUUUGUUUGAUCUACCGGAGGAGACAAAGUCCAAGUUCACUGGCAAAAGAGUUUAUAGGGGAUAUUCGUCCAAGAGCCCUGCCCUUCCUAAUAGUCAAACUUUCGGUAUUGAUGAUACUUUUGAUCCAAAUGAGACUCAAAGCUUCACUAACCUCAUGUGGCCUGAAGGAAAUCCAAAUUUCUGUGAGGCACUAAUUUCGUUUAGCUCAGAAGCACGAGAACUAAGCUCAAUCAUCUUAAAGAUGGUUGUGGAGGGUUUUGGCCUUCCAGCAAAGUAUUUUUUAGAAAUUGAAGAGUUAUGUAAAGGUAAUGAUACACGACUGACUAAGUACCCACUUCCUAAAGAAACAAAUGAUUUUGCGGUUACUUUUGUGCCUCACACAGACAGAUCCAGUCUUACCUUUAUAAGUGAGAAUGAAAUCCAAGGUCUACAGCUGCUACAAAAAUCAGGCAAUUGGGUUAAUGUAAAUGUUCCUCCAAAUGGUUUUAUUGUAAUGGUUGGUGACAUAUUGCAGGCAUGGAGCAAUGGGAGAUUUGAAGCACCAAUACAUAGAGUGGCGAUAAAAGGAAACAAAGACAGAUAUGUAUUUAUUCUUUUUUCAUUUCCAAAGGAAGAAACAUUCAUUAAGGUUCCCACUGAGUUGGUAGAUGAAGAAGAUCACCCUCUCCGUUACAAGAUAUUCUCGUAUGAAGACUACAUUAACUUUAUUAAAACCGUUGGCACUAAAUUGGGAGCACUUGAAGAAUUUGUUGGAAUUUGA